GGUUCGUCCUAGUCUAUCCAUCUAUCUAAUCUGUAUAAUCUUUAGAGGGGGUUGCCUUUGUCUAUCCAGAAUGACCCCGACUCAGAGGAGACACUGAAGAAGAGAUUUCAACAUAUGUUGCUCGCGAAAGAUAAAGUCGCAACAAUUGAAGGGCUACACAUCAGCUGGAAGGACUGGCAGGUCAAACGAUGAUAUCUCAAGGCCGUAGCCCUUUAUAAAGGAAACAAAGACAGAAAAAAAAGAGCAAAAAAAAAGAUUAAAAAAAUAUGAAAGAAGAGCAGACUGAUUUUUGGUGUUACGUAUGCUUUUGCAGGUUGAGGCCUUAAUGAGGCAGCAUGGCAUGUCAGUAGUGCUUGUGACCUCUGGUGCGGUUUGUGUUGGACAGCAAAAGCUGGGAUAUCAGCAGAUGCUGCAUACCAGCCCUCUUGAUAGAUUGAACAACCAGACGGAACUUCAUGGAAAAGCUUGUGCUGCGAUUGGUCAAAAUGGUCUCAUGUCACUCUACGAAACACUCUUUCAUCAGCUGGACAUUCCCUGCUCACAAUUAUUGGUGACCGAUAGAGACUUUGCAAAUCCUGAAUUCAGGGAACAGCUCAAAGCAACGGUCAGUUUGACAUUUGUUUUUCUUUUAUCGCAUUCUUUCUCUCCAUGCGGAAUAUUUUAGUUUAAACACGCACAAACACACACACACACACACACACACACACACACACACACACACACACACACACACACACACAUUCUGAAUAGAUAUUGACUUCACAAGCAAAACU